UCAGGAGGCGUGUCGGGGAGCUCAAGGAGGAGAAUGAGCGGCUGAGGGUGUGGGGAGAGGGGCUCGAGCGCGAGCUGGAGGAGGUCAGGGGGGAGUGGAGGGGCAAGAGGCGCAGGAUUGAGGAGCAGGAGUGAGUGGGUGGACGAGAUGGAGCCGAGGGCGGAGCGAGGAGAUGCGGCGGCGAGGAGGAGGAGGCGACGACGAGGAGGGCUACGAGGCGGCACCAACGUCGACCCGCCGACGCUCACCGAGCGACGACAACAUACACGACGAGUCGAGCCUCGGCGGGCUCGGCGACCGUCACCCACAACCUCCCCUCGUCCAUCGCCUUCAUCCUCGUCGUCCUCGGCGCCCGUACUCGCCUCGCCUUCCUCGCCUCUUCUAUACCUCGACGGCCAUCGCCACACCAACAACUCCUUCUUUCGCCUGCGUCUUUGUCUGCCGUCCUGCCUGUCACCCUUCCCCUCGUCCACGCCCGGCCGUCAACCUCUCGAGCGAGCGCACCUGUCGCUCCUGACUCCCUCUUUCCUCCUUCCCCCUCGUCUUUCGUACCUCUUUGUACCCCUCUCUCGAUCUUUGUGCCCUCUCAGAUAGACUCGCCCCUCGGCGCGGGCCGGAACUCGUCGUCGCACGGUCGGGUCAGAGCCAUCGACUUUCUUCCCUCCGGCGGUCGCCUCUCCCCUGACAAUCACUAUUUGUGUUCAUGCC